CUGAAUCUAGUCAACACGAGUCCUCCGAAAUCUUCGAUGCCGCCUAGGAAACAAAGAUAAGCUUCUCGACCACCCCCAUCGUCGAAUAGCUUUCCGACCUCCCCCCUCGACAUCCAUCCCCCUCUUCUAUACAGGCUCCCACGGGAUGCCUUACACUCCUCCCUCCCAGCGAUCCCCAGCUGCCUCAGCAAACACAUCCCCCAACUCCAGCCGCCGAUCAUCAAUCCAGGCCACGCAGCCACUCGGCCUCAGCGUCGUCAGUAAAUCAGAGUUGCCGCGCUCGGCAUCAUACCUGACCCGACACCGCCGGACACCCUCCAGCAGGAGCCCUCUUUUUCCCUCUACCACCGAAUCCCCCCGGCCCGUCACUCCAGAUGAACAGAAGAAUGAGCCGAGCAGCCGCGCCGUCGUCCAGUCGCCCCCGCCGGUCACAGGCGAUGCGAAGAUGCCCGCGGGCGCCGUCAUCUCGCCCCCGGAUUCUGCCCUGAACUCGAGCGACGAUGAAGAGGCGAAGGUGAAGGUUUCCAGAGGUCGGAAGUUGGAGAACUUGGCAGAGCUCCAGGAGGCCAUCAGGGUAAUUGAGCAGCGGAGGUCCCCCUCCCCUGACCGGAUGCCGGAGCAAGGACCAGCACCCGCCCAAGGCCUGGCUUUGGCUGUGCCAGCCGCCCGUGAGGAGGAAAAGCCGACGGUUGUGCACGCCCAGCAGCCCGCGCCAAAGACCGUGCGGAAAUUGGGUCACAACCGGGCGAGUACCGAGGGCUCUGUUUUCCUCAAUUUACGGGGAUCUAACACCCCAAGCAGCCCGUCCGACGAGGCCAGUGACGAUGAAGAAUUCGAGGGGUCCGAGCGGAAGCCCCCCAUGCUCCGGAAGAAGUCAGGGGAGCUCGUCAGACCAGCCCUCCGGACCCCAUCGGCGCGGCGGCGCCCCUCAAGUAUGCCUGGCACUCCGUCCUUCUCCAAGGCGGUCCACUUCGACUCGAAUCUGGAGCAUAUCAGACACUUCCUCCAACUCGAUAGACCCCUGGCCGUCAGCGCUGGUUCGUCACCCGUCGAGGCCUAUGAUAGUGACGCCGAGUUUCCCUUUGACGAGUCCCCAAGAUCUCCACCUUUUGAGUGGGAGAUCAUCCUUUCCAACUUCCCAACCGAAUCUCCUAUUCGUCUGGCACAACCAGUCCGGGUCGAGAGGGUAUUCCUGUCCGGCGAUAACAAGACUCUAGUGGGGACCGUUUCUGUUGCAAACCUGGCCUUCCACAAGACCGUUGUCGCUCGUUUUACGCUGGACUACUGGAAGACGACGUCCGAGGUUGUUGCCGAGUACAACCACAAUGUUCGAGAGCCUAAGCAUUCCGAUGGUCGUGACCGGUUCAACUUUAACAUCAAGCUAGCUGACCUCGCGAACCUCGAAGCCAAGACGAUGUUCUUCUGCGUCAAGUACUGCGUCAAUGGCCAAGAAUACUGGGACAAUAACUCCUCGACCAACUUCCAGGUGGACUUCCGGAAGAAGUACAAGCCGCAGAAUGGGAAGAAGGGGUACCAGGGCGCUGCGUCCAGGCCCGUGACUGCAUUGCCGCGAAGCCACAGGAAGUCAACGUCGGUCACGGGGCAGAGGCCGAAGCCGAUCCAGGCCGCCUUCGAUGAUUUCGGUGAUGGCUUCGAUGAGAAGUACAGGCUGGGCAACUUAAAGAAGCCCGCUCACGAUUAUCUGGGCGAACCGAGUACCGCGGUCAGAUUAAAGGGUGUUAAGUCUGAUGUUGGCUUCGACCGACGAGUACCCCAAUCCAGUGCCCAAGCUUUCGGCAACCGAUAUGACUUCGGUGCGUCGCUCUCUGCUGCAAUCAACGCUGCCAAUUCAGUCAUGGGUGAACGUAGUGGCCUCCAGAUGAGGGGUGCCACGACAGCAAACUCAUCGAAGGAAGCUCCCGAUUCCGAUGAUUCUUCCUCGCCUCUCACCAUGGCGAGCCCCAAGUCCUUUGGAUCUCCUCCCUCGAAAGGGGUCGAUGUUCCUCGCCCUGGAGGCGAGAAGCCGGUCCUUGCAUCUCAGUCCUACAACGAAUUAUUGGACAAAUAUUGCUUCUUUGGAUCCGUGAAAUCCUCACCUCAACUCAAGGAGGGGACUUUACGAUCGGGACACUUUGAUGGCACCACUGAAACGGACUAUAUGAGUGGAUCCUCCGAGUCUACUGCCGAGAGCUCCCCGGUUAUCAUGGAGACGCGGGCCCCGCUUACGAGAACGCCGUCAUCUCAGAGUGUCAGGUCGAGCAGUCCGGCCCCGCUGACGGGCUUCGUGACGGGCACGCCUCCGAUGUACUCCCCCGUCCACAUGCGAGAGUUUCCAUUUCACGAGAGUCAUACAGCUACGGCAAUCCUAGGCUGAUGGCUGAUGGGGAGAUUUUACCUUUAAUACGGUUACAACGAUUCGUGUUCUUCGCCGAUGACACUCCUUGGUUUGUUCAAAGUGCUUGGCUGCCAAGGAAAUCAUCAAGGGCGGAGAUUGUGAGGUUAGGUUACCUCUUUACUGAGUGUGAUUCACCAUUGAUGUGAGAAUCAUCACC